AUGUCGACUGAACAAGCUAACGGAAAAACUGUUGAGGAGAAGAAAGACAAAGUUGCCGAGGUGUCCGAGAAAUUGGACAACCUCGCCGUCGACAACACCAACGAGGCGAACGAGAAUGGACCAGCCCGUCGCGGUGGACGCGGAUUCCGUGGUCGUGGUCGCGGCCGCGGUCGUGGAGGACGCACCGCCACUACAAGAUUCCAACCAAGACCACCAUAUGAUGAGCAGGUUAAACAAAUUGAAGAGGAUUUGAAGUCAAAGAAGGUUCUCGAGAAGGGAGUUAACGGAAUCGUCAAGUGGUUCUCAGUUCGUGGACGUUACGGAUUCGUUGCCCGCGCCAGUGAUGAAAAAGAAGACUUCUUUGUUCAUCAGACAGCUAUUGCAAAAUCGAGCACUAUCAAGUAUUAUCUCCGUACUCUUGAUGACGAAGAGCCUGUUGUCUUCGACAUCGUUGAAGGACGUAAGGGCCCGGAAGCUGCAAAUGUGACCGGACCAGACGGGGAGAACGUUCGUGGAUCGAGAUACGCUCGUUCCUUGCUCACUCGCUUUGGAGGUCAACGCCGUGGCGGUGCGAGAGCUUCUGGAGGACGCAAACCACGUGAAGCUUCUGGUGACGACAAGGAAAAGCCAGAUGCUCCGGAGGAGAGUGGAGACGGAGAGACUCGUGGAAAACGUCGUCCACGUCGUGCCCGCGGAAAGCUCCAACCAGACGCGGAGAUCGGUGAGAAGUCACAAGAGAAAGGAAACGGCGACGGUGCUCCAGUUGUUGAAGGAGAAAAGAAAGUUCGUCGUCGUCGUAACAUCAAGGGAAAGAAAGAGGCAGGAGAGGCAACAGAGCAGAAUCAAGAAGCUGCCCCAACUAAGGCCUAG